AUGGAUGGAGAUAUCUCUGAGAUUCUGGAAGAUUUCGUAUCUGGCCCUCUUGUCACUUGGAUGGAAACCCUGGAGAGUCUGACAGACUCAACGAGUGACCAGUCUCCUACACCCUGGGAGAAGAAGAGGCAAGAGGCCCCCAAAGAGUAUUUCCUUCAGCUAGUCUGUGGCGACUUCCUCAUCCAUGUCAUGGAAAUAAUAGACCUGAUUCCUGUGGGAGAGCAGCCUCCCUGGAGCAAGCUAAGUGACGAGGCCCAGAAGUUGCAGACGCUUCUGCAGCGGCUGAACAGAUUCUACCAGGUGGCACAGGGUGUCAAGGAGAUGAGGAAGCUGCUCUUACUUUUGCUGGGAGGUGCUGUACAGUGUGAGCAGCGAGAUGAGAUCAUUGGCCGUAUCCAGACCCUGGACAUCGAUACUCAGGCUGCCCUGGCUUCUGCCAUCCAAGAGGUGACCCAAGAGCCCGAGAACAUGCUGAGACUGCAGUGGAAGGAACUGGCACCCUUGGAGAUGGAACGGCUCCUACAGGGCUUGGUGUCCCGUGUUCAAGACUUGGUGCAUGAGCGAGAUGCAGGCUUGGAGAAAUUAUGGGAACUGCAGCAGGAACCUCCCCGAGUACCCCCAUCCGAGAACAACUGUCAGCAUCUUGGGGUGCAACUGGCCGAAACCCGAGCCCAGAUGCGGCGUCUGCAGCAUGAACUGGAAGAGAAGAUGGAGGAGCUUCUGGAUCAACAAGACGAAUUAAAGGAUUUGGAGGGGCAACUUCACAAGGUGCGGCAAGAGAAUCGGAAGCUGGCGGGGGAAGCCCGGCUGGCUGGGCUGUUCCGGGAUGAAUUGGAUGCCUUCCGAGAGAAAGCCGUGAGGACAGAACGACUUCAGGCAGAGCUGACGGCCCUGAGGGAACGGCUGCCCGCGUUAGAGCAAUGUCGGGCCCAGCUAAAGGAGGAGCGCGAAUUUUCUCAGGCUUUGCUGGAGACCAAGGCUAUGUUGGAGGGGCAGCUGGAGGCAGUUCACGCCCGAGGGCAGCGUCUGAACCAGUUGGAGAAGGAGAAAGAGAAGUUGCAAAACUGCCUCAACCAGGCUGAAGAGGAACGGGACCAGAUGUACCACCAGACAGAGGAGCUGCUGAGAGAGAACAUGGCUUUGGAGAGACAGCUGCGGAAAAGUUUGGGAGAGCCCCCUUCAGAGCCUGACGAGGUACCUGUGUUGUUGAGCUCUGAGGUGAGGGAGGCAGGGCGGUUGCCUGCCCUAGAGCGGGAGAACCAGGAGUUGAGAAGGAGACUGGAAGAGGCGCUGGAAAAGUCCAACGACUCUGGGAGCUUGAGAAAGGAGCAAAGAACUAUGGUUCUUCUUCACAGAGAGGUGGAUCCACAGGCUAAAGAGAAGCCAUCAGACUUUCACGGUCAUUUGCCACAGCCUCAGAACCAGCAGGUAGAGGAGAAGCGAAGUGAGGCUGAGGGAUUGGCCUCAGAAAUGGGGAGAAGCCAGGCUCUAGAGCAAGAGGCCAAGGCCUUGCUGGAAGGAAUGGAGAAGGCGCUGUCAGAGACUCGGACUUCAUUAAGGGAGGCCGAGCAACAGCGGGAGGCGGAGGCCCGUCGGGCAUUGGGCCUUGAGGAAAGGCUGAGGAGCCUCCAGGAGGCCCAUGCCGAAGCCCUAGAAAAACUCGAGCGAGAGCGCGAGCAGAGGGUCCUAGAGACCGGGCAUCUGGUGGAAGAAGUCCAAGCCUUGGAGCGUGAGCGGGAAGCCUUGCGGGCCGGGGCCCAGGCUUUGCAGGCCGCAGCCACCCAGGCGGAGCUGGAGCUGGGGGAAGCUCGGCGGGACCUUCAAGACGAACGGCUGCAGGGGGCCCGGCUGGCCCAGAGAGCCUGCCUGGCAGAGGAGGACGCGAGCGAGGCCUGGCGGGAACGGGAGGCCCUGCAGCGCAGCUUGGAGCAGCACAAGGUGACCCUGGGGCAGCUGGAGGCAGAGAAGGGGGCUUUGGAGGAGGCAUUGGGCCAAGCCGAGAGCCAGCGGCGGCAGCUGGACAAGGACAACCGGCGCAUGAAGGCUCAAGCGCAGGCCCAGGAAGAGGCGCUGGUGGCACAGAGCCUCCGCCUGGUCCACCUCGAGUCCCAGAGUCGACAGCAGGUGAUGGAGCUGAGCCAGCUGCAGGAUGUCUCCCAGCGAGUCGGUGAGCUGGAACGGGAGAACUGUGGCCUGAAGGAAGAGCUGAAUGCCAUGUGUGAAGCGUCAGCCAACCUGGAGAAGGACCUCCAGAGAGAAAAGGCAAAGGUCGAAGAGAGGGAAACUGCUUUGGCUCAGCUGAGAGAACAGUUGUUAAAAAAAGAAAAAGGUUCCAAGGAAGAGCUACAGAGCAGGCAGUGCAGCCCUGUCCAAAAUCAGGAGCUCCCAGCCAGACCUUCUGCAAAGAAGCUGGAGGAAGACAACAGUACCCUCAAGAGGCAACCUCAGGAACUGCAUACUCUCAACCAGCAACUUACACAUGACCUUCACCAGGCAAAGAGCAGCUCUGCUGUUCCUCCAUCACUGGUGGAGCCUCCUGAGACUCAGAGCACCGAGGGACACAAACAGUCUUCCUCCUGCCUGCCACCCUUCCAGGCCAAUACAGAAAGUGAAGCACUGAGUGCGAGACUCACUGAAGUGGAACACAGAAAUGCGGCUCUCCAGGAUGAGAAAGUGGCGCUUACAACACGCCUAGGCCAGCGGGAGUCACAAGUCAGUAGCCUGCAGGGGGCGCUGCUGAGCCUGCAGGGUCAGAGUUCCGAGGCGAAGGAGGAAAGCAGAAGAUGGCAGAAGCAGAACAGUGAGUUGCAGGUGGAGACUGCCGCAUUGCGUUCCCAAAAGGCAUCACUGGACUCUCAGGCCCUGGAGCUGCGACAGAGGCUGGCUUCCCUGGAGGCGGAAUGUCGCCGUGCCCGCCAGGAGCAGGAGGAAUGGCGGGGCCGCUACGAAGCUCUGCUGCGGGACCAUGACCGCUUGACGGUUCUGCACGAGAGGCAGGAAGCCGACCUGGAGGGGCUGCUGGGUAAGCACGCCAGCCUCAAGGGGGCGCUGCGCAGCCUGGAACAGGAGCACCGCAAUCUGCAGGGCAGGCAUAACCAGCUGGAGGGGCAGAAAGCCGGUCUCGAACAGCGGGAAGAGGCGGUGCGGGGGCAACAGAAGAGACUGGAGGAAGGUGAGCAAGAUCACCAGGAGCUGAAAAAGCAGCACAGCCACCUGGUGGAGGAGCAUGAGAGGGUGAAGCAGACACUGGCACAGUCGGAACGGGCACAGGAUGACCUUCAGGGGGAGCUUCGUGGCUUGAGGAACCGGAUGACGAGUCUGCAGCUGGAGCAGGCCAGGUUGGAGGCUGAGAACGGAGCCCUGAAGGAGCAGAACCAGCAGCUGGACACGACCCUGGGCCGCCUCAGCACCCAAUGUGAACUCCUGGCCCAGUUGAAGGGGAACCAGGAAGAGGAGAACCAUCACCUUCUACAGGAGAUCCAGGCACUAAGUAGGGAGAACAGACGCCUGCUGGAGCACAGCAUGGAGAGCCGGGAGCAUUUCCAGGAAGAGCAGCGUCAGUACCUGGACAAACUGGGCGAACUGCGUCGGGAGAAGCAGAAACUGGUGGAGAAGAUAAUGGAUCAGUACCGGGUGCUGGAGCCAGCACUUCCUCGUGGCAAGAAAAGUAAUUGGAUCGCCGAGAAAUUAAAGAAGCUGAUGAAACCUCGGCGGGAGGCCCCCCGGGAACUGUUGCGGCCCAUGGCCGAGGGUGCCGGCAGCAGCGAGAGUCUGACCGGGCAGAAAGGGCCUGGAGCUGAUGAGGCAGCUUCCAGCACUCCUAGCUCACCAGCCCCCCUGCACAAAGCCAGCAGCACCCUCAGCAUCGCAGAUGCCCACCAGGUGCACCUCCGACGACGCAGGCUCAGCUCCCUCAUGCCAGCCCUGGAGUCGCCGGGGCCCCGGAACGAAGAGGGCCAAAGCACGCCCCGCCAGCGCUUCCGCCAGCGGCGACUCGGUAUGCUGGGGAGUUCCCACGAAGAAUCCGUUGUGGUUGCCGCAGCUGAGUGGCAAGUCCCGAGCCAGAUUUCCACAAGCAGCCAGGAGGAGAGAGGACCACCCUUGGGUGAAGAAGAGCAGACCCCCAAGAGCCAACUGUGA